AUGGCCCGUUCAAUUCCAAUUGAGGAAAUCGAUUCAACAUUCAAGUCAAAGUACACAGACCUUAUUUCUGCACCUCUCGGUUCAAAGGUGCUGUCCUUCAGCGAUGAAUACUUUGCUGCUGCGGAAAAUCUGAUAACACCAACUCCACCAAUCCGUAAACCGGGUGUCUUCGUCCAUACCGGAGCCUGGUACGAUGGUUGGGAGACGCGCCGCCACAACCCAGAGCCUGCAGACUGGGUCGUCUUGAGACUGGGUACUGCCAGCGGAAAAGUAGCAGGUAUCGAGAUUGAUACGGCUCAUUUCAACGGCAACCACGCUCCAGAAAUUGCUGUCGAAGGCGCUUUCAUCAGUGAUGAGAAGGAUGAAGAGGAGGUUAAGAAGCCAAGCUAUGCAGGCUGGGAGACUAUACUGUCAAAGCAGGAGUGCGGACCUAGCCAAAGGCAUGGAUGGCUGCUUCCCAACAUCACUGAAAAGGCAUACACUCAUGUUCGGUUGCUCAUGUACCCAGAUGGAGGAAUUGCGCGUUUCCGCCUGUACGGUGUUGCUGUUCCCGUUUUCCCUCAAUCUGCAGACGCUGUCUUUGAGCUCUCUGCAACAGUCAUGGGCGGCGUUGCAACAUCUUGCUCUGACCAGCAUUUCGGUACAAAAGACAACCUGCUGCUUCCUGGUCGUGGAAAGGACAUGGGCGAUGGCUGGGAAACGAAGCGCACACGUGGUGAGCAUGUUGAUUGGACGAUUGUAAGACUUGGAGCAAAGGGUGAGAUUGAUCACAUUGUCGUCGACACUGCGCAUUUCAGAGGCAACUUCCCACAAAAGGUGCAGGUUUUCGCAGGCGCUUUUGACAAAGACCCCGGUCAUGAUGACGCAGGGUGGACGGAAGUACUGGCUCCGCAGAAAUCAGGCCCAGAUACAGAACAUGUGUACAAGGCUGAGUUGAAGGAAGUAUCAGGCAAGGGGUACACACACGCAAAGCUGGUGAUUAUUCCUGAUGGCGGAGUGAAGAGAUUUAGAGUCUUUGGAAAGCGGGUUUAG